CGAAAUUAGCCAGGUCGGGAAAAGCUUCAAAUUUACUUUGGUUCGGUCGUUCGUUUGGGGUUCGAAAAUUUGAACUUGAACUUGAAAGUGUAUGAAACCAACAUUUUGGCAUUCAAAACGCUGGGUGCCCUGACUCUCUGGCUAUUAUUUUUGUAUUUCUCCUUAUCAAUACGAUUAUACCAUUCCAUUUUGAAUAGCAAGUCACUGAGUUAGAUUCCCUCGCUGUGUCAAGUUGAUAGUGAUUGAGCUCUACAAUGGGGCUGCUAUGUCGGGCGACUCUAGCAGUAUUUGUAGUGUUUGUUGCAUUCUCAGUAUACAAGUUUAGAGAAUUUACAAAACCAAUUGCGGCUCCUACAUUAGAUCUUGAUAAAUACUGGGGACCAGGGAAAAAGUCAGAUUAUAAGCAGAACACAGAAGUGGUGGAAUUCAAAAUUUCCUUUUCAGAUGAGGCUAUCGAUGCUUUAAGGAACGAUUUGAAUAAAACAAUCGAAUUCCAAGCUCCUCUUGAAGGCAUUGGAUUUGAAUAUGGGUUCAACACGGUUUACUUACAAAAGGUUAUAAAAUAUUGGAGAGAUGAGUACUUGCCUAAGUGGAAAGAACGGGAGCUCUUUUUAGGGAAAUGGCCACAUUUUACAACGAAUAUACAAGGGUUGCGCAUCCACUAUAUACACAAGCGAUAUGAUGAUCCACCGAAAGGAAAGAAAGUAUUUCCACUUCUGCUCCUUCAUGGCUGGCCUGGCUCUGUGCGAGAAUUUUACGAUGUGAUACCGCUACUAGUAGACAACGCCGAAAGCGAAUAUGCAUUCGAAGUUGUCGUCCCUAGUUUACCUGGAUACGGCUGGUCUCAAGGUUCAGCUAAGCCAGGGUUUGGUAUAGCUGAAAUAGCUGUGGUAUUCCGCAACUUAAUGUUCCGUCUGGGCUACAAGAAAUUCUUCGUACAGGGAGGCGACUGGGGAUCCUUUAUUGGCUCAAAUAUUGCUACACUGUUUCCAGAAGCUGUUUUAGGAUAUCAUUCUAACAUGUGUGGCGCUAAUAGAUUACUUUCAAUGGUUAAAAAGAAGAUUGCUAGCUAUUACCCAAAACCUUUCGUUCCUGAGGGAUAUGAGGAUUUUUUCUUCCCACAGUCGGAACAGUUCAAGUUUCUACUUGAGGAAAGUGGAUAUUUUCAUAUCCAAGCUACAAAACCAGAUACAAUUGGAGCUGCAUUAACCAAUAAUCCCGCCGGAUUGGUUGCUUAUAUUUUAGAGAAGUUUUCGACCGCGACGAACAAAGAUUACAGGAAAUUAAGUGAUGGAGGUUUGGAAAGAAAGUUCACUCUGGAAGCUUUACUGGACAACAUUAUGAUCUAUUACUUAACUAACUCAAUCACAACAUCUCAACGACUUUAUGCAGAAAGUUUCAAUUUGCGCACUUUUGCACUUCAGUUGGAUCGUGUUCAAACUGACGUACCAACAGGAUGUGCCCGUUUUAAGCAUGAUAUCGCUCAUGAGUUGGAUUGGACUCUAAAGGACAAAUAUACAAAUCUUAUCCAUAGUACAUACCAUAAGGAUGGUGGUCACUUUGCUGCUCUUGAAUUGCCUAAAGUGUUCUAUAAAGAUUUCAUCGAAUUUAUUGAAAAAGUUGUUAAAUUAGAAAAUUUGUAAGCUUUUGAUUGUGCUGUUACACGAAACAAUAAAUUGAUUUCUUAUAUUUUUUCCAUGGAUGUA